CUGAGCCCGCCGGAUCCUUAGCACUACACCCCUUUCCGUGCUUUUUAUCGCGGAGAUACCCCCGGCCCGUUCUUUCUUCCCGCUCCCGCGCGGCGCGAGCCUCCUCCCGCCCCGCAGGUCCAGUCCCGCGCGGCGCAGCCCCGGCCGGAGCGGCGAUGCGCCUCAUUCAGAACAUGUGCACCAUCGCCGAGUACCCCGCCCCGGGCAGCGCCGCCGCCGCCGCGGAUUGCUGCCUGGGGGCCGCGGGCCGCCGCCUCGUGAAGAUCGCCGUGGUAGGGGCCAGCGGCGUGGGCAAGACCGCUCUGGUCGUCCGGUUCCUCACCAAACGAUUCAUUGGUGACUAUGAAAGAAAUGCAGGUAAUCUCUAUACCAGGCAAGUCCAAAUAGAGGGUGAAACCCUGGCUAUACAGGUUCAAGACACUCCAGGUAUUCAGGUCCAUGAGAAUGGCUUGAGCUGCAACGAACAGCUGAAUAGGUGCAUUCGCUGGGCAGAUGCCGUGGUGAUUGUUUUCUCCAUCACUGAUUACAAGAGCUAUGAACUCAUUGGCCAGCUCCAUCAGCAUGUCCAGCAGCUCCACCUGGGUACCCGGCUGCCCAUGGUGGUUGUGGCCAACAAAGCUGACCUUCUGCACAUCAAGCAGGUGGACCCUCAGCUUGGACUGCAGCUGGCCAGCAUGCUGGGAUGCUCCUUCUAUGAAGUAUCUGUCAGCGAAAAUUACAAUGACGUGUACAACGCCUUCCAUGUCCUGUGUAAAGAAGUGAGUCACAAACGGCCGCCCAGCAGCACACCAGAAAAGCGAAGGACCUCCCUCAUCCCCAGGCCUAAGUCACCCAACAUGCAGGACCUGAAGAGGAGGUUCAAGCAAGCCCUCUCUGCAAAAGUGAGGACUGUCACUUCCGUCUGAAGCAAGGGUACUCAAGGGGGUUCGGUCUUCCCAGGAAGAGGGCCUGAGGUUCUUCCAGUGCAGGAACGUUGAACACUGGCAGUAAUUCAUGGUUCCAGAAAGGGCUGGAGCUGAGCGCCAAGAGGGCCGAUGGAAUGUUGCAGAAAAGGGAGCAUUGUUCUGAGCAGGGGACAGAAUUGAUGAGGCUGGAAUGAGUCUACCAGAGCCACUCUCUGAAUUUGGAAAAGUUCUCUAUGUCUUUUCCUUUGGAGUGGGAAGAGGGGCAUUGGUGUUUGUUCUAAACCACUUUGUAAAUGAUGGUCAAUUGUAGUUUCACCAAAUAUAUUGAAUUGAUGACUUACAGUGAGAAUGAAAGAACAGAUUAAGCAUUUACAGGUUUUUUUUUCCCAAAAACUUUUCAAAUUUUCUCUUCUUUUUUCUUUUCUUUUCCUCCCCAUCCCACCCCUCAAAAAAAGAAUUGCUUUUCUCUUAUCAGUACGAUUUCCAUCUCUGAAACACUAUUCCUUACAGAAUGCCUUUCUAACCUGAAGGAUACUCAGAUUUCUUCCCUUAAGAACGGGAGGAAAAUACUUCUUUCAGAAAAAUAAAGGUCUAGUUUAUGGGCCAAAAUGACAGACAUGUCAGCUCACACAGUAUGCAGAGAGGCACCGGUUCCUCCUGCCACGAAUGGGUAUGCUUAGUUGGGCAUAUGUUGUGUAGUUGUGAACUCAACUCUAGCCCCAGACUUUGAGUAAUUGUGAGACUGUAUAAUUUUUUUAAGACUGUUGCAUCAGGUACAGGAAAAAAAAUGUCAAUUGCUUUUGGUGUGAUUUGUGUAAAUGGCUCAUGGCAAUGAUGUUGGGUUGCUUCCUAGGCCUGACUGAGUCAUGGCUAUGGGUGGCUAAGAUUCACAAACACUAUCUUAUGGUGAGUGUGAACAGAUACAGGGGCUACCCCGCCAAAUCCCCCACACAGAUGCACUUUAAAAAGCCACCGUGCUUUGUCUUAAACUGUAAUUUAUUUUAUGUACAAUAAAUCUCAUUUUAAGAGUCAA